AAAUCUCAUCAGUUCGGUUAGUUGCCGGCAUUGCCUGUUAAAUUAAUAGAGUGAUCUUUCAAAAGCGUUCUUGCGAAAGUUCUGAAACUACACACGGAAAGCAAUAACACAAACUCGUGGAAUUAAGUCUAGAAGUUGCUAUGAGUUUGCAAAAAGUGUUCUGGUGCCGGCUUUGUUUACGCAUUCAACCGCAAAAGCAGGUUAGAGAAAUCCAAGUGGAAGUUGAGCUUCACCUAAAAAUAUUGGAGUCUGUAGACGUAGAUAUCCAAGCCCAGGAUCAUACGACGGUUGUGUGUACCAAUUGUCUUCGGCUGGUUGAUAUAGUUUAUCGGUUUCGGACGGCAUGCCAACGAGCGAAUGCAAUACUGACCAACAGUGUUCUACAGAUUAUGCCGAAAGGCAGCUGGGAGUCCGAAGAUACUUGCCAAGUGCUGUUAAAUUGUCAGCAUGUUGUUAAAAGUCAUUGUAACGAAAUGGAAGUUCUGCAUAACCGCUGUGGAUUUGAAAAAUCCAACAAUUUUGAAAUGGAAUACGAUGUGACAUCGGAAGAGGAAUAUGAGAAGGAGGAUCAAGAAUACGAAAGGGAACAGGUUCGAAGUGAAGAAAGUCAGGAAGUUCACGAAGACGAUGCAGGAGAGCAUGAAGUGGACCAAGAGGAAUACGAAGUGGAUCAACUACCGAUGAUUAUUAAGGACGAGUCAAUUUCACUUCCCGGUAUGGCUGUACAAUCGCGUGACGAUUCAGCUGACGAUGAAAACUAUUUCGAAAAUAUACCUACAUUCUGCGAGGAUCUGGAAUUCGAGCCACGACAAUUGAAAUCAACGCAUUAUUUCUGCGAAGAAUGUGGCAAGGUUGUGCCGAACACAAAGAUUGAACAUCACAAGAACUUUCACCUUGGAGUAAAACCAUAUCUCUGCCCGCAGCAAGGUUGUGGUAUUUCAUUUUACUCGCUUAAAACUUGCAGGGCGCACGAAAAGCAAGUACACAAAACCGCUCUACUAAAGUGCGAGGUUUGCGACAAAUUGCUCAAAGGAAUACAUGCCUUCCGAAGGCACAUGAACGGUCACGGUGAAAAUAAUCCUCGCAAAAUUUCGUGUCCAAUUUGUAAUAAAUUAUUUUAUAAAUCAUACCUGAAGGAUCACCAGUCGGUACAUACCGGAGAAAUGCUCCACGAAUGUCCCGAUUGUGGGUCACGCUAUGGAGCGAAAGCUAAUUUAUUAACUCACAGAAAAAGAUGUCGUUUUUCGGUGGAAAAUGCACAUGCAGUCGUUAAAACUCGAUCAAAGCGAUCGUCUAAAUAA